CUUCUUCUUCCACUGGUUGCAAUAUAAUUGCAAUAGCCAUAGUUAAUGUGACCCACCUAUUUCGGGAAAAGAUAAAAAAUUGUAAUAAUGAGACUAUACUUCCCUUAGGCCCAAAAAAACAUUUCUCAAACUCCACACAAAGUUUUUCAACAGCUUCUUAAUGCUAUUGAAUUUCAGUAGCAAUUGAGUUACAAAAGAUGGAGAAAACAUCUGAAGGAACAAACCUUUUACCCCAAGAAUUAUCACAAGAACUAAUCAUUGAAAUUCUGGUCAGGUUACCUGUCAAAUGCCUCUUGAAAUUCAGGUGUGUUUCAAAAUUAUGGCUUUCUUUAAUCUCAAAUACAGAAUUCCACAAAACCCGUGUCAAUUUUUCCAUAAAGAACCCCAAAAUGACUGAUUAUACAAUUGCUGGUGUAGCCUCAGUCUCUGGUUUAGGUAAAAUCUGCCAUGUUUACACCAUAAAGUGUGAAAAUUCAUUUAUUACUGCGGCUAAACAUGGUUGUCCUCCUAAAUCUUUGCCUCUCUCGGCUUGGCUUUUGGGUUCUUGCAAUGGUUUAGUUUGUUUAACUAGUGACUCAUAUACACUAAUGCUAUUGAAUCCAUGUACUGGAAAUUUUAAUGUAUUUCCUGAUACAAUGUCUCAGUAUAAAGUUGGUGCUGGUGGUUGUUAUGUUAGAUAUGGAUUUGGUUAUGAUGCAUCUAUUGAAGAUUAUAAGGUUGUCAAGAUCUUUAGUUUUCCUCAAAAUGAAGGCAGACAUGAGAACAUAGUUAAGGUUUAUAGCUUAAAGGCUAAUUCUUGGUCAACUAUUCAGGGUUUUAAUAGUGGUUGUAUAAAUGGAAUGGUGGGUGUGUUUGCAAAUGGGGCUCUUCAUUGGGAUGUUUGCCAUCCUCAUAUUUCACGUGCUUCUUCGGAGAUUGUUACUUUGGAUUUCGCUGCACAGAGAUAUGGACAAAUAGCACUGCCUAGUUAUGAAGAUCGGGGCGUUUAUUGGACAUUAGGCGUUUCAAGAGGGCGUUUAGUUGCUUGUUGCAACUAUGAAACAAAUAAGGCAGAUAUGUGGGUGAUGAAGGAGUAUGGUGUCGAGAAAUCCUGGACUAAGUUGGUUGCCAUCUCGUUGCCUGUUGACCGUAGAGUUGAUAUCACUCCAUUGUAUGUGGCAGAGAACGGUGAUGUUCUUUUGAAGCUUGGCACAGAGCUAAUACUGUACAAUCCAAGGAAUGCAUCAUUCAAGCGACUUGCCGAUUAUGUGUCGGGUGAUUUCCUUCAAGUUCAAGUGGCCACCUACUUAGAGAGCCUUACUUCACCUCAUAUUUAGUGAUGUGAUGACAGGUUACGCCUUGAAGGCAAAAAAAGAGAUGGAUGGAGCUCAUGGGCAAUAAGGCGCACAUUUCAGUGACUUGUUGCCUGCAUUAAAAGACCAACUAAAUGAGGCGAAACACCCAACUCGUGUUGCUUGUAGCUUACACCUCAACUGAACUUUUAUCAACAGAACCACGAGGUCGUAAGAUACCAGCACAAAUCAUGACUUCCCUUUUUGUACAAUGCCAUUUUGAUCGUCGGAUAUUAAUGGAUGAGGUAAAUAUUGCUUAGUAUUCUUUCAUAUUUUCCCUUCUUGUUUUGGUAUGGAACUCCUUUUCUGCAUGUUACUGAAGAAGGGGAAAUAUGAAAUAACCUUUGCAAUAUUAUUUUUUACUGUCAAAGAAGCAAUUCAACAUUUACAAAUCUGCAGUGUUGGUAAAACUUUGUUUCAGUGGUCAUACUGGACAUUUUGAUUCAGUUUUUAUUGUCAUUGUAUUAGUAUAUAAGGUUUCUCGAUUCAGUUCCUAGUUAAUAACAUGAACGGUGAAU